CCACGUCCUUGGUAUAUUGUGUUCGUUUUAAACGCCAUCAGUUAGACACAGAGGUGUGAACAUUGCAGGUAGACACGCUGCCUCCCCAGGGUGACCCCUCCCUGCAGGCUGCCUGGGGCCGGUGGACCAGCUGUCCGAGGCGCACUUACGUGGGGAAAGCUGGGGUGUCGGGAGCCCCUCUAAUGUGAGGCUGUCUUUCACAGUGAAGGUCUCCAGCGCUUCUCUGCUUCAGGUUUCAUCGUUUAAAAGUGGGUCGCCUGGCCAUGGCUGUGCGGCAGGAGCUGCGACGCAGAGGAGGCGAGCACCGGCUUUGGGGGCUCCUGGCCGCGCUGCUCCUGGUGCUCCAGCCCACCCUGGCGAGCGGGAAGGACGGCGUGCCGCGGGUCAAGCUCAGCUACAAAGAGCUGUUGCAGUCUGGCAGUGGGGUCCCCUUCCAGGGCUCCGCUGAGGGGAUGGGCUUCCAAAGCUUGCUACUGGAUGAGGAGAGGGGCCGGCUUCUCCUGGGAGCCAGGGACCACAUCUUCAUGCUAGAGCUGGAGAACCUGAACAGGAACAUCAGGAAGGUCAGCUGGCCCGCCUCGCGUGAGAGGGUGGAGCUGUGCAAAAUCGCCGGCAGGAAUGCCCAGUCGGAAUGUGGCAACUUCAUCCGUGUGCUUCACACCUACAACGCGACGCAUGUGUACACCUGCGGCACGGGGGCCUUCCAGCCGCUCUGCACCUUCCUGGAGGUCGGAGGUCGCGGGCAGGACGAUGCAUUCUACCUACAUGUGAGCUCCGCUGAGUCCGGCCGGCUCAAGUGCCCCUUUGACCCCUGGCAGCCCUUCGCCUCCGUCCUUACAGACCGGUACCUGUAUGCUGGAACAACGUCGGACUUCCUGGGAAGGGACACAGCUUUCACCCGCUCCCUCGGACUCCAUGACCGGCACUACAUCCGAACAGACGUGUCCAAGGACUACUGGCUGAACGAGGCUCGCUUCAUCGCCGCCCACCCCAUCCCAGACACCCACAAUGCAGACGAUGACAAGAUCUACUUCUUCUUCCGCGAGGCUUCCAGAGACGGACGAGAUGGGGGAUCUCGAGAUAAAGACGUGCAUUCCCAGGUGGCCAGAGUGUGCCAGAACGAUGUGGGUGGUUUGAGGAGCCUGACCAACAAAUGGACGACGUUCCUCAAAGCCCGGCUGGUGUGCUCCAUCCCCGGGCCCAACGGGGUGGACACGCGCUUCGACCAGCUCCAGGACAUCUUCCUCCUCCCCACUCGAGACAAACGCAACCCCGUCGUGUAUGGUGUCUUCACCACCGCCAGCUCUGUCUUCAAAGGUUCGGCGGUGUGCGUCUACAACAUGGCCGAGAUCCGAUCAGUGUUCAACGGACCCUAUGCCCACAAAGAGGGACCUGGGCACCACUGGGUGGAAUACGAGGGCCGAAUUCCCUACCCGCGCCCCGGGACGUGUCCGAGUAAGACGUAUGACCCCCGGAUAAAGAGCACAAAAGACUUCCCAGACGAAGUGAUUAGCUUCAUCAAGCAGCACCCCAGGAUGUACCGAGCUGUGUACCCCGUGUCCCGGGAGCCGGUGUUCACACGUGUCAAUGUAGACUACAGGCUGACGCAGAUCGCCGUGGACCGGGCCCUGGCUGCGGAUGGACAGUAUGCCGUCAUGUUUCUGGGGACAGACAUGGGGACGGUUCUGAAGGUGGUACCGCUUACUCAGGACAACUGGGCCACAGAGGAGCUGGUUCUGGAGGAGCUGCAGGUGUUCCCGGCCCCCACACCCAUCCUGAACAUGGAAAUCUCCUCAAAGCAGCAGCAGCUCUACAUCAGCUCCCGAGAUGGCCUCGUCCAAGUGUCCCUGCACCGCUGUGCCAUCUACGGGCGGGCAUGCGCUGAAUGCUGUCUCGCUCGGGACCCGUACUGUGCCUGGGACGGACACGCCUGCUCUACCUACAUCUCAGCAUCAAAGAGGAGAACAAGAAGACAGGAUAUUAAACACGGCGACCCCUCCAGUCAGUGCUGGGAUGUCGAGGACACCAUGAGCUAUGCCGAAGCCGAAGAGAGGCUGCUUUAUGGGGUGGAGUCCAACUCCACCUUCCUGGAUUGUGUGCCGAAGUCCCCGCAGGCCCAGAUACGCUGGUUUCUCCAGAGGUCUGCCUCUGACCAGCAGGAGGAGGUACAGCCGGACGACAGGGUGGUGCAGACCGACCUGGGCCUGAUGAUCCGGAACCUCCGGCGGCGAGACGCGGGGGUGUACCACUGCGUGGCCCAGGAGCAGCGCUUCGUCCGCACAGUCCUGCGUAUUGCACUGCGGAUACUCAAUGGGACCCAGCUGAGCUCCGGAGACCCUCCUGCGGAACCACCCCCACGUUACAAGGACUACCUGCAUCUGGCUGGGGGCCCGCUACCCGCCAUGGAGCGCUACUGCGAGCAGGUGUGGUUCCGGGACCGGAAACCGUGGCAUAGAGCGUCCUCUGCUGGCAAGUGGAAGCACCUGCAGGAGAAGAAGAAGAGCCGGAACCGGAGGCAUGGGGCCGAGUCCCAUCCGCAUUGGGUUUCGCAUGGGUCCUAAUGCCACCUGCUUCGGCGUUGUCCCUAACAGGGUGUGUGAGGGGCUGCGUAGGCAAGUGCUGGGCAGGAUGGCAGCCUCCACUGUACAGCUCUGAGCUCUCACUUUGGCUGUGAAGGGCCUGCUGAUCAGGUUAUGCCUGUUUAGCUUGAUGUUUUUGUACAAUAUGCCUGUUUUUUCUAUUGAGCAUUAUUUAUGCUGAUUUUUAGCCCUUCCACUGAAUAACGAUCGUUUAAGUGUUACAUAUAAUUUUUUUUUUAAUUUUCAAUAAGGUAUGUUUUUGUAUUGUACAUAUAAAUUAAAAUGCCUUUUCCAAAGUCCUGGUCCCAAUAAGGGAAACCUCAAUUUAAUAAAAACCUGUGACUGCAAUGAAAAAACUAAAAAUGUAAAAACUGUUGUAUUUUGCUUGUUUACUUAUGGUUAUGGUUAGGGCAGGGUGGGGGUUAAGGUUGUCAUAGUUAGCGUUGGCAUUUUUCCCAUAGAAAUGAAUGAGCGGUCCCCAUAAAGAUAUGAUUACA